CGUCCUCCGCGGCCAGCUCCCCCGACGCCCCAACCUCCAGCUCUGGGACCGCCGCCUCUUACCGGCCCCGGCCCCUGGCCCGUGCAGCCAACCAGCAUGAGGCUUGUAGGCCUCCGCCCUGCGAUUGGCUGCAGCCUCAGUCCCGCCCUGUGCUCCCGGCUACGGCGUCCGGCAAGGAGGCGGAGGCUUCCGGCCCUGGACGGCGUGGUAGCGGCUGAGGUGCUGCGAGCCCCUUGUGGCGUGUGUAAGGGAGGGGCGUGUCGGCGGGGAAGGCAGCCGCCCCGGCCUCGUGGUGUCUGGGUGGCCAAGGUUCUCCCGGAGCCAGCCUCUGGGCGCGUGUGAGGCGGCACGGAGGGGUGGGGCAAGGAGCCGUCCGCCGCCGGCGAGGUCGGGCUCGUGGCUGAAGCACCUCCUCAUCUUCCACAGAGCCUGGGAGUUAAAACCCCGCUUUUGUCCUGCGUAAAGUUUACCCCCAAACUCCCAUCUCUUCACGAUCCUCUAGGAUCUCCCCGAGAUCAUGGAUCCUUCGACGCCUUUGCCUCCUGAAACCCCCUCUCCAAUCUGCAACCCAGCCCCCCGGACAAUUCAUAUCGCAUUUCCUCGUCAUAGCUCGUUGUUGCUGGAAUCCCUGAACCGCCACAGGCUGGAGGGAAAGUUCUGUGAUGUGUCCCUCCUGGUGCAGGGCCGGGAACUUAGGGCUCACAAAGCAGUGCUGGCUGCUGCCUCUCCUUACUUUCAUGACAAGCUGCUUCUGGGAGAUGCGCCGCGACUCACCCUUCCCAGUGUCAUUGAAGCCGAUGCGUUCGAGGGGCUGCUUCAGCUCAUUUAUUCGGGGCAUCUCCGCCUGCCUUUGGAUGCUCUUCCGGCCCAUCUCCUUGUAGCUAGUGGCCUUCAGAUGUGGCAAGUAGUAGAUCAGUGCUCAGAGAUUCUUAGGAAACUAGAAACUUCCGGUGGUGGAAUUUCAGCCCGUGGAGGAGCCUCUUGCCGCACACUUCUUGCUGCCACGUCCUCUCCGGGAGGCUGGUGCAUUCGCUCUUCCCCUUUCCAGACCUCAGUGCAGCCCUCCACUGCCACUGAGAGUCCUGCUCCCACUGAGAGCCCCAUUGGAGGGGAGGGAAGUGAACUGGGAGAAGUAUUACAAAUUCAGAUAGAAGAGGAGGAAGAGGAGGAGGAAGAAGAAAAAGAGGAUCAGGAGUCAGCAGCUACACUUCUGAGGAGCUCUCAGACUCCUCAACCUCAGAGAGUGUCAGGGAGUUUUCCCUGUUCUCGCGGCUCCCACGCACUGCCCAUAUCUGCUACUCCCCGAAGGCUUCCAGAUGGCGAGAGUGUACCGCUUGAACCUCCUGCCUCUCCUGCACGGCCCCCCACAAUCUUCUACAUUAAACAGGAACCUUAUGAGCCCAAGGAGGAAAUAGCAGGAGGUGGAACUCAGUCUGGAGGCACAAAGGAGGAGCCCAAAGUGUUCCCUGGAGGGGACUCUGAAGGGAAUGGGGAGCUAAGGUUUUUGUUACCCUCAGGAGCAGGGGCAACAUCUGGAAGUGGGGGUCCAUCCUGGAAACCAGUGGAUCUUCAUGGGAAUGAAAUCCUGUCAGCGGGUGGAGGACCUGGGGGAGCAGGGCAGGCUGUACAUGGGCCUGUGAAACUAGGGGGAACACCCCCUGCCGAUGGAAAACGGUUUGGCUGCUUGUGUGGGAAGCGGUUUGCAGUAAAGCCAAAACGGGACCGGCACAUCAUGCUGACCUUCAGUCUCCGGCCUUUUGGCUGUGGCAUCUGCAACAAGCGCUUCAAGCUGAAACAUCAUCUUACUGAACACAUGAAGACCCAUGCUGGAGCCUUGCAUGCUUGUCCCCACUGUGGCCGACGGUUCCGAGUCCAUGCCUGUUUCCUUCGCCACCGGGACCUAUGCAAGGACCGGGGUUGGGCUACUGCCCAUUGGACUUACAAGUGACUAGUAAGGUUGUACACUAACUCCUAUGAGAAGACAGCCACUGCUGCUGGUGGAUACUUAUCCCAUCCCUCCCUUGGUCCUGUGUCCUGUAAUCAUGCCAAGAGAUGUAUUUUGGACUUCUUGUUGAGUCUGGGUUUUGAAGGAAGAACGGAAUGGUUUCACAAAGAGCCACAAAACACUGACUUGGACUUAGGCCCUGGUGUGCCUUGGAAUAACCUCAGGCCUCUGCUUUUCCUGCUUCUUGUGCUUCUCUGUCAAGGGGAAAGUUCCCGUUCUGCUCCCAUCCCUGCUGUAACAUCACUGGGUGCCGCGGCCCACACCUGCAGUUCCGGCCCUGAGAGGACGAGGCAAGAGGAUGGGAGGUCCAGGCGGUCUGGACUCCAGGGGAAACCCUGCCUCUUCUUUCUCCCUCGGUUUCCCAUUGCAUAUGUGGAGGACCUGUCCUUGUGAGCUUUUACCUCCCGGUGUGAUGAGGAAGAAAAGAAGCUGAGGAGGAGAGUAAGAGACAAGGAAAGCCCCUCACACCCACCGAGGUAGCAGGCGGGGGCUGGGGGGACAGGUGGUUUUGGUAAUGUGUUUAGUGGAUGCGGACGCCCAGAAAGAGAAGGGACUGGUCUGUUCGCCGCGGAGACUGGUGAGGCUGGAGCUGCACAGGGGAAGGAAUGAGUUGUGAUUGAACAAGUGUGUAGGGCUGGGUCGUGCAAAGCUCUUUCAGAUCACAGGUAAGGGCGUGGAUUUGGAAGCGCAGUAGGAAGGGGUCGGGGAUGUAGCUCAGUGGUUCCGCCACUUGCCCCUGCCUCGCAAGCACGAGGUCCUGAGUUUGAUCCCUGGUACCCACCCCCCAACAAAAGAGUUUUCAAUGGCUUGUGAAAGCUGAGAAUGUCGUCUAACAGGAGAGUACUUGCCUAGCAUACAGAAGGCCCUGAGUUCGAACCCCAGCACCGGAACCGGAAGAAGGAGUCGAAGGAGGGGAAUAGUGCUCAAGGCAUCUGAAAAAGAGUCCUCUGCAGAGUGGAUAUUUGAUCGUUAGGGACCACGUGGAAGCAGGAGGGACAAUUAGUCGUUCGGUGGUGCACGCAGGAGGGGAGCCAGCACAUGCUGUGGAGAAGUAGUUCUGGAGACUGGAAACCCGCAGUCAAGGUCGCAGCAGAUCCAGCUCCUCCUGGGGUCGCCCCCGUGGGAGUUUAGGAGGACAGCGAACGUCCGCCAUCCGGGGAGCUGCAAACACGCCUCCUCCGGUAAGGGCCACAGCACAGCCUCAAGAUCCUCCCUGCAUGGGGUACCCGGUAGAGCUUUCUUCACCUCUUUGUAGUUACCCUGCCUUUCUUCGGUCUGUGUGUGGUGCUGAGGACUGAACCUAGGACUUUGUGCAAUUAGGAAGUGCUCUAUCCUAAGGUACCCGCCCCUCCCUUUAUUUUAUUUUGAAACAGGCUGCUGCUCUAUAGUCCAGGCUGGCCUCGAACUUACGAUCCUCCUGCCCCAGCCUCCCCAAUAGCUGAGACUACAAGCGUCCACCACCAUCCCCUGCAUUCAUAAUUUUUAUUCCUGUUUGUCUGAAAAUAAGACCUAACUGUAAAAUAAUAAGCCUUGAAAGCUGGAGAUCAAAAAUGCCAGGGCCAGGGAUUUAUCUCAGUGUUACCAUGCCUGCCUUAUA